CCUCCGCAUUCUCUCAUCCUUUCAACUGCCGCACUCAUGUCCUCCUCUGCAGCUGCAACAUCUUCCUCUAUUUCAUCCGCUGAUCCAAGAAGGCCCGAUCACAUCGUCGAGUACAAACCAGAGGUCAAGCGCAUCGAGGAUGAUGACCCUGACGUCCAUGGAUUCGUCGCUCUUGUUGCAGCUGUGGUUGGCUUGAUGAUUAGGAAUCGGACCUGUCUAUGGGUUGGAAUGAUCUUCUCUGUAGAAUCAUACUUGAACCAGCGUGCAAGCGAGGGUGGACUCAUGGGAUCGCCAACUGCGACUAUCUUGUUUUCAAUCUCUUCGUUGAUAAUGAAUUAUAUGCCUGAGAUUCUCGCUCUGUACGCCGGAGUAAAGGCUUAAUAACGCUCACGCUCGAUAUCAACGCAUCGAUUCAAUACCAGGAAACAAUAUCCAACCACCAUAACUAGCCGAUACACCACGGCCGCGAUGUAGUUGCUAUUACUCGCCGUCAAUAAAAUGGAGUUGCAGUUCUCCAGGGAUGUCAGUC